CACUUUCUGUUUGUGGGAAUUAGCAAAUCACUUUCAUCUGAGUACUGUUUUACAUGGUCAGACCGAAAAGCAUUGAUCGUGUUAAUCUUUAACAGAUGAGUGCCAUCCAGUGAUGGCGCUAGCUUGUUUGACUAUAUAGAUUUCAUUUGGUUGUAGUUCGUGAUUUAGGCGGUACACAUUAGAGGAAAUCAGUGUCGAAUAAGGGUUGCGAUUAACAUUCAAAAAUUAUAAACGACUGUCGCGCAGUGUGAACUGUGGACUGCCAUUGCAUUGAUUUAAAUGGACAAGUUAAAGAAAGUUUUAAGUGGUCAAGAUGAGCACGAUGACGACAUCAACAUACUCCAGGCAGCGAACGAGGCCUCCAGGCUCGGUUGGGGUACACGCGUGAAGGGGUUCAUUGCAUGUUUUGUUCUUGGGGUGGUAUGCUCUGUAUUGGGAGCAUGCAUGCUGUGGCUUCCCAGAAUUGGACUAGUUUUGUUCGUUGUCUUUUACACCUUGGGCAAUUUUGCCUCGCUGACCAGCACAAUGUUCCUGAUGGGGCCCCUGAAACAGGUGAAGAAGAUGUGUGAGAAGACCCGGGCACUGGCUUCUGCCAUUAUGCUGACCUGCUUUGCUUUGACACUCUGUGCUGCCUUUUGGUGGAAGAACAAUGGACUUGCUCUGCUGUUUUGCAUUUUGCAAUUCCUGGCAUUUGCUUGGUAUGGCCUAUCCUACAUCCCUUUUGCAAGAGAUGCGGUGAUAAAGAUGUUCUCCAUGUGCCUGAAGUGAGAAGGUCUUCUAUAAGCUCACCCGACCCAUCUCUUCACAGCUCUGUCCCUGCUUUUUGGGGUGCAGAGCACCCUCUUCUCUUUCUGGCACAGAGUCUCUGAACAGGUGGCACUCCAGUGGGCCCAUCUCCACCUUCCAACACCAAAAAUAAAAAGGCUUCACAGUGUUCCCUCUGCCAUGCAGCACCACCCUGUAAGGCUUCCAAAAUGUAAAUGGCCAAUUUGGGUUGAAAAGUUGGAGAUCCAAUCAACAUAUAACAAGACUGGAAUCAUGGAAUGAGGUUUUCGGUUAUGUCACAGCUUGUGUUUGGCUUUGCAGUUGCUGAAGAGGUUGCCUUUGUGUAUGUGAAACAUGUACUGUGUUUGUUUACUCUCCUGGUCAGUGGUUUACAUUAAGGGUUACUUGGACAAUUGUGCAGGAAAGGCCAUAGUUCAUGUGUACAUGAUUGCAAAAUGAAGUGCUUAAUAAUUUCUGGUGAACUAGUAUUAAGAGGGGGUAAAAUGAGGAAAAAUGCCUCACUGUGAUAAACAUCCAGCUAAACUAGCUUGAUGUUCAGUAGCUAAGGGAGUUUGGUAAAAACCAUUACUCUUCUGUGUGUUGCUACUUAUUCUAGAGUGAGCUGCCCAAGUGAAGCCAAAUGCUCUUUUUCAACAACCAUCUACCAUCUCCUUUUCCAAGGAUGGGAAUGGUUUUCGAGAAUUGGUAUGUUGUAAUUUCCACAUUUGUGUAGGCUGUUUUAGUGGUCAGAACAAUUUACCAUCAGAAACUGAUUUUAAGAUCUAAUUUCCCUUUGAAUCAACAUGGAGAUUUUUCAAAUGUUUCAUUUUGUAAUUGAUAUGCUAAAAAUUCAUACAGGAUCCCCUCUGCAUUACAAAACAAAUAUGGAGUCUGACAUACCUUAAUACUUGCUGCUAAUGAAAGAGGAACAACUUAAUUUGUCCUGCUCAUAAACUGGAUUAAAGGCUAUUAUAUUAAUGAGAAACGUCUAUGCCUUUUCAGCUCCUGUAGUGAAUGAUAACUUUGACAGGAUAAAAAAAAGCUCAGCUGAAUAUGAUGGUCUUAAUGUCGCUAUAUUAAAGGCAUAUCCUCCUCUUAAUUUUGUGCCUCUGUACCACCUCACUGUGCAUUUUCUCUUUCCGAAUACACUGGUCACUGUGGUGAUGCACCUGUAAUUGGCCCCUCCUGCUUACUGUAGACAGUGGCACUCUAGCCUAAUCGUAUCUGUACCUAGGUGGUGCCAUAAUGGUGGGGUUAUGGGCAAUAACACCAUGUAUUUAUGUUGGUCAUUGUGAAAUGUUUUAUCUGAGAGGAAUUCAUUAUCUGAGCUGAAUUAAUGAUACAUAUGAAAAAAUAAAAAUGUGUUUAUUUUCCUUGUAGUUGUAUUUUUGUUAUUAAGCACCUGCAGGUAUAUAUUCAGCCAAUUACCCCUCAUGACAAUGACACUGCAUCAGAACACAAGUCUUUUCAACAAGAUUUUUUUUCUCAAGUUUUUAAGUUCAGUUGAAUAUCCUUAUUUGUUGUGCAGUCAAAUGAUAAAUUUGUGAUUUUCUGAAUAAUGCAGUUCUAGAACUAUUCCUGCCAAUCACUUUACUGUUGUAAAGUUAGUUUUUUUCCUUUCCAGAGACUGCUUCUCUCUAUAUAGUAUGUUAUUUGUCAUUCGAACCAAUGUUAGAUGCAUUAUCUGUAUGUAUUCACACAACUUGCUUUAAUAAAUGCUGCCUUUCUGUCAGUUUUUUUUCCUUUUUAAACUGUCUCCUCAGCUUGCCCUCUAUGUAGUCAUGCUUGCUACAUGACAAUAUAAGUGGUUAUAAUGGACAGUCAGAGUUGGUAUAGCAUAAGUUAAAGAUGAUGAGGGGGGAGGGGGUGCUUUAGUGUCUGUUAUCUGACAAUAUUUUUAGUGGUGAUGGGCAGCCCUAUAAACUGUGCCUUGGUCUUUAAAAAUGGAAAAUGUAUCUCAUAAUUUUCAGAUUUCAGAAAUGAUUGUGUGAAAGCCACAUAAAAAGGCUCGUUUUUAUUAUGAGAAAUUGGCAAAUUUUUCAUUUCAUUAUAUCCUUAGUUACAUCAUUGCAUAUCCUUUCUUAAUAGGAUAUAUGGCAGUAGAAUUGCAUGCUUAUUUGUUACCUUCCUAUUAGGGGUAAUGGUGUGGUUACUAAGAAUCCUCUGU